AUGACCAACAUGUUGUCUCGAUGCGUCACGGUCCUUCUGGGCUUGUUGAUCGUCAACGCUGUAGCAGCUGAAGAAAUUUUGUAAGUGUCCCUUUUUGGUCCGCGGAUCGAAAUUCGAAUAUCAAGCUGACCUCGAUCAUUUCACACGACACAGCGGUCAAUACUGGCCUGCAUAUGGAAAGCAAAAGCCUACCUCGCUCGACUGGUCUGUGACCGACAUUGGCUACUACUUCGGUGAGUACGCGACCGUUGAGUGACGGGGACGCGACUCUGCCGCCCGCGCGCGUGCAUCAUUCGACGAGAUAACGGGCGCGUCGUGCCAUGUAGGCGUGUUAAAACGCGCGGAUGGAUGCUCAUCAGCUCUCCGCCUAUUUUCUCUUUGCACAGUGACUGUUACCAACAGCACCGGCUUUGCGGUCCCCAAGGAUCAACCCGACGCCGAUAUCAAGACGUUUGUUGCGACCGCACACAAGCGUGAGUCGGAGACCGACCGACUGAUUUGCGCGGGCGGCGCGUGCGCGAGCGUUCGCGCGAGAUGCACGCGCCCCAAGGGCCUCGCCGGACCGCGCACCGGUGACAACGAGCAGCUCCUAACAAGGCGUGACCGGCGCGAAUGUUCCCGGAUCUGUCCCUUCACAGACCGAAAAAAGGCCGUGUUCUCUGUUGGAGGGUGGACCGGAUCGAGGUACUUCUCUGACCUAGGUUAGUCCAAGAGCUCUCGACUCCCUCACUAGUUUCAUGGAGCGACCUCAGCUCGAGUCGAAAUUCGGAUCUGACACACCCCUUCUCGACGGCAGUCGCGACCGCUUCCAACCGCGCCGCCUUUACGGCUUCCGUUUUUUCGUUCGUCAAGAAGUACAACUUCGAUGGUGUUGACCUUGUAAGGCUCUUCGUGCUAGCUUGAUUCGUGCAUCAUGAGGUCCUACCGUGCGCAGUCCGCGUGCGCAGUCCGAAAUUCAGGCUGAUCAGUUUUGUUCGCACGCCUAGGACUGGGAGUAUCCAGGAUCGCAAGGCAUCGGGUGCAACAAAGUCCGCCCCGCCGACUCGGCCAACUUCCUCUCACUCCUCAAGACGUUGCGUGUCGCGCUCCCGAAGCCUUACCUCAUCACUAUGGCCAUCGGCACGCAGGGGCUCAUCGGUCCCAACGGAGCUCCGCUUCCCGACAUGCGGCCCUACUCGAAGAUCCUUGACUACAUGAACCUCAUGACGUACGAUAUCGGUGGAAACUGGAGCCCUACCUCCGGACCCAACGCUCCCUUCAGGACAUGCAACAGCGACACGAGUGUCUUGCAAGUCGUCCAAACAUUCAAGAAAGCCGGUGUCCCCGUUGAGAAGAUGGUCGUCGGCAUCCCGUCCUACGCUCACUCGUACAAGCUCAAGUCAUCCACAUUGAAGAAGCAGAAGAUCGGCCGAUGGACGUCUCAGGUCUACCAGAACAAGACGAGCACGAUCCCCAAGGGUGACAAAUCCGACUCGAAUGCCCCCACGACCGACGUCUGCAAUAAGCGUUCGGCUACCUACAGCGGAUCAUGGACCUACAACAGUCUCAUUUCGGAGGGAGUAAGCUGAUCGGACCUUUUGGCGCCUCGGAGUGGUAGGCACCAAGCUGACUUUGGAUCCACUCGGUCUUUCCUAAGCUCCUUUCCGCAGAUGGUUCGAAAGGCUUGAAGGGUUACACCCGUCGUUAUGACUAUUGUACGGAAACCCCAUUCCUAUUCAACCCCAAGACGAAAAUCAUGAUCAAUUACGAGGAUGGACAAUCCGCUUCAGCCAAGAUCGUGAGUUGCUUGAUCCGUGGCGUGGCUCCCUUAAGUGACCUUGUCUGAACGCUCCGGACUGUUCUCACUCCCUUCUCAGGGCUAUGUCACCGAGGAGUUCCUCGCAGGCGUAUUCGUCUUUGACUCGACUGGGUUCAAUCGCGACGGUAAGCUGCUUUCGACUCACUCUGGUGCUCGCCGAGGCCUAAACCGCUGGUUCUCGUCCCACAGUGCUCAAGACGAUCCGAUCCGCUCUCGACGUCAACACCUAA